CAUACAUUUCGAGUUUAUAAUUCAAUUCUCCCCCGAAAAAUGAGUGAGUCCACCGGUGCAACCGUACCCAGCAACCGGCACAAGCGAAACGGAAGAUUCAUCAAGAAAUCUCAACAAGAGUAUCGCGAAAAGAGGCUCGAGGCUCUGAAGCAACACAACAGCCAGCGACAGGAGGACGCCGUUCCCUCUGACUCUGAAAUGAAUGCAUCACCGUCAAAAUGCAUUCUCCGGGGUCGCAGGAUUAUGGACAUGGGCUAUGUCACUGAGCAAAUGUCCUGCAACUCCUGUCGCUCGCUAUUGUGCUUUUCGCGGAUCGAAGCGGAGACCAAGAUCGGUCUGGCCUCGAUCUUCAAAAUACGGUGUGACGAGUGCUCAGAGGUGAAGAGUGUUUACACGUCUCGCAAUUUUCCCAGAGAUAAUGACCGUUCGUAUGAGGUCAAUUGCAAAGCGGUGACAUGCUCCGUCGCUUCUGGCAUCAAUCACAGGCAAUUGAUGAAGUUGUUGGCCGACAUAAAUGUACCAUUUCCCAGUGAAGCCAGUCUAAGAGCCGCCGAGAAACGCAAGAGAGGGGAGGCAACUGCUGAGGAGGCGACACCCGAGAAGAACGUUAAAGAAAAUCCAACAGCUGAGGCUUCGUCGGCUAAGGAGUUGACCAGUCCAGGGAGUACUGCAGACGCAGAUGAUCUAUCUAUAGAGGUGAUUUAUUACAGCCCAUGAUUCCAAUAAUUUCCGAAUUGAUUAUUCAUUUUUUAUGAGGCAUUUUCUUCUGCAGACGCCUAGAGGAUAACUGAGAAUUACUCCCAGCGAAUGUUAUUCUCAGAGAAUUCCCUUCCCAAAGUUUGACUGAUUAGUGCCUAAAGUGAUCUGACUUUCGAUAAUUAGUGUCGCAUCCGGCAAGCCUCACAGAUGAUCGGAAUUAUCAGAUAAAGCUGCUGAAAUAUAUUUAUUCACCACUGUCCUCGUAUAAAAAAAUUACAAAAUCCACUUCAACGAAAAUUGGCAAAAUAGUAGUAUCAAUCCUAUAUACACUGAAUGAAUAGCGACUCAAUUUUCGAAUAUUUUAAACUGGAAGCAGAUAAUUUGGGAUUGUCUAGGCAGCCCUGCGGUAGAUCUUGGACAGGAAUUUGAAGAAUAAGUCGUGGGGAAGACCGCGCGAUAUCUGUUGUAUGUGCGUAUUCAUGAGAUUGUAGCUUUCCUCCUCAUAAAUGGCAUAAGUUGAGGACAAUCCCAAAUCGUCGUAUAACUGUUUAACUCGUGCCACUUUCUCGGGAUCCUUGUAUCCAUAGCAUUCCUGAAUAAACAUUGAAAAAUCGUAAAUAA